AUGAAUGGCCAUUCGGGAGCCAUGUCGCCUGUCUCCGUGGAUGGCAGCGACUGGUCCGGCAUCAACCAAUACCAGAAGUCGGACCCGCCCUUUUCGCCUACAUUCUCCUCUCGAGGCAAUCUAGCCACACCCCCAACCUCCGGCGUCCCUAGCGCUCCCCUGAGCCCGAACAGCACCGGUCUCCCGCUGCCGGGCAGCGCAAACCCAUCUCCGCCCAGCUCUGUUGGUGCGAGAUCCAGCGUCGGAACGCUGGGUGAUGAUCCGCGCGAUGGCGGCCGGCGACGUAGACAGAUGGAGGAAAUACUACACCAGCACUACGUGACGUUUAAACGAUUCUUAAGUGCAACCUACCGCGAAGACCGAGUCAACGGCCGAUCCAAAAAAGCCCGCGAUAAGCUUCUACGACUAUCGCCAACCCAGUUCCACGAACUGAGUACAGAUGUUUACGACGAACUGAUUCGUCGUCAACAAGCCUCGCCUCCGCCCGGCCGUGCACCCCGUCCUGACGCGCCUACCUUCCUUCCUCCGCGGUCCAACUUCCAUGAGAAACGGAACCAUGCUCGGCAGAGGCUUGCGUCGCUUGUGCACCAGCGAUUUCGUGAUCUAGCGACCGAUGUCUUCUGUGAGCUGGAGCGCCGUUUCCCGGCCUUCACUGGUCGUCGUCCUUCACCUGGUUUGCCGCCGGACCCGCGUCGCUCGCAGUCUCGUGGGCCCCCAAGGGGUUAUCCCUCUGGGGGUCCGCCUAGCCCAUUCCCGCCGCGGCAGGGCUCGCUUGGAGGUCCGCCGCCUGGAAUAAAUGGGGAUGGUCCUUUCCCUCGGUCUUUCCAGAGUAAUACUAUGGUCCCGAAUAAGAGUACGAUGGUUGAGGAUAGCGAUGAUAUGGGCCCGGAAGAUGAUGAUGAUGCUCGGAGUGAUGCAUUCGCUUUGGAUGCGGUCUUGAGCAGACGGGGGACAACUACAACUCUGGGUGAAGGAGAAAGAAAACUGUUGAUGGAUAGUCAAGCUCAGAUAUCGGAAUUGCAAGCGAAAGUGGAAAAACUCGAGGAAAUGGUCCGCUGCAAGGAUGAGGAGCUGUCCAGGUCACAAGAUUCCGAUCAAUCAGCGGUCAGCCAUAGUGAGCGACAGGAAUGGGACGACCUCCGCCAGGAUUUGGAGAGCAAGGUGUCGCAGGCUGAGGAACUUAACUACUCGCUCCAGCAAGAGCUUGAUCGAGUUCGAGCAGAUCAUGAUAACUUGGAACGGGACCUUCGUCACCAGCUUGAUAAUGUUGUUCGGGAGUCUGGAGAUUCGGACUUGGUGGCUCGAUAUGCCGAUUUGGAAAUCAAGCACCAGAGCCUCCAGAGUGAGCUACAACAGCAGCAAGAGCUUACUACUGAGGUGCGGCGUGAGGCAUCUGAGUUCCUAAUGGAGAUGAAGACCCUUACAGCACAGAGUCAUUCCAACUGGGAACAAGAAGAGCGAUUGUCCAACGAUGUCCAGAGACUGCAAAAUGAAGUCAAUGAGUGGAAAAAUCGCUAUGCGAAGGCGAAAGCACAGCAGGGUCAUCUCCGUACCUCAUCUGGUGGCCUCUCAGAUAUUCGAGCCGAUGCCAGCGCUGUUGCUAAAGAGCAUGAGCUGGUGCAGGCUGAUGGUGUGGUGAAGGAUUUUCAUAUCACCAAAUUCCAGAUGUCGAUUGACGAGCUCCUUCGUGUUGCACGCUUUGAGGAUGCCCAGGAGGUGUCCCACCAUGUUAAGGCCGUUAUCGUCGCUGUUCGGCACAUGAUUCAGGAUGUGGACCAAGCACCUCCCCCAGUUGAUGGCUCUGCUACUCUACGCCUGAAGACCAAGACCAGAGUAUCUGCCACUGCGAACAAUAUGAUCACCGCUGCUCGUAACUUCACUGGCUCCAGGGGUCUCUCCCCCGUUUCCCUCCUCGAUGCCGCCGCCUCGCAUCUUUGCACUGCUGUCAUAGAGUUGGUUCGGGUGGUCAAAAUCCAGGCUUCACCAGCAGAGGAACUUGAAGAGCUUGCCGACCUGGAUCUUUCUCAGGAGAAGUACCCAGACUACUUCAGCACAACUGCUAGUCAACAGCGCUACAGCAACCACUCCGAAUACAGUGCUAUCAGCCCACCGGACCAAGACCACCCUGCCAUGCAGAACGGUUACACAAAUGGCUACUACGGAGCCCCGCAAGAAGACCACGAACUCCAGGAGCUCAAACUCUACGUCGAAGACCAAACCGACGGCAUGGUCCAAUCAAUCCAGGCUCUAGUCGCCAGCAUCCGGUCCGAGCAGGAACUAAGCAACGUCGAGACCCACGUCUCCGCCAUCGGAAACGUUGUCAAUAACGUAGUCUCCGCAACCGAACACCUGAUUCACGAUCGCAGCGGAGACGUAGCUCUACGUGAACAAUCUGAACCAGCCGUUCAAGCCCUUGACGAAUGUCGCGGCAGGCUUAUGUCUACGGCUGCCGAAGGCCACCACGCCACUACCCCCGAGCAAUUGCGUGAGGUAACCAAUCUGCUCCCUCCUAUCGCUUUUGAACUUGCUCGCCAAACAAAGGAGCUCGUACAGCGCCUGGAAUCCCUGAUGCACGCAGAUGACGAUGACUUCCGGUGA